CAUCCCUAUUUAUCUUUAGUCUUUUGUGACAUCUCGUUAUUAUUGCUGGAUGCGGUUAACUAAAGGGGCAGCCCCAGUGUGUUUUAGAGUUAAGCCUGUACUGCAGCUGCCAUCCAGCUAUCUUUGACCUUUUUGAACCAGAGCUCACAAAAGACCAACUCACACCCCUAAAGUAAGAUACAACACCCAUUGAGAUCCAAGAUCACCAGUAACAACAAUGGCUCAUCUGAGAUCAGGAGCACAACGAUUUUCUCCUGUAAAGCUAUGCUGUUUUACUCUGGCAGUUUGGUUAUGUUUUGGAGCUCAUAUUGAGGCUUCUGUGCUCAACCUGAAGCGCUUCAUUGGCUGUGCGGUGCGGGAAUUCACCUUUCUAGCCCGUAAACCGGGCUGCAGUGGGCUGCACAUCACCACUGAUGCCUGCUGGGGGCGCUGUGAGACCUGGGAAAAGCCCGUUCUGGACCCGCCCUUUAUUGAGUCAUACCAGCGAGUGUGCACCUACAACGAAACUCAAUUUGUGACUGUGCAGCUGCCGAACUGCUCCGAGCAUGUGGACCCAUACUACACCUAUCCAGUGGCUCUCCGGUGUGACUGCGGGGUUUGUCUCACCAGUACAACUGAAUGCAUCACCUCCGUCUGAUAUCCAGGAGAAAUCAACCUCCACUUUUGUUCUUUUAAAACAUUGAUAUUGUUGAGAAGGAUACGUCACUGUUUGGGCAAAAAUAAAGUUUAUCAGUUCAAUACAUGUGUGUGAGAGAGCAUCUACAUUUUCAAAUGGUCCAUGUACUUUUCUUUCUUGUGCUGUUGUUAUAUUUGACCUGUGGUCUUCUGUCAUCUGUCGUAUUGACAUAUGACAUAAAAUUACGUAAUAUAAAACAAGUUAAUGUUUUAUAAAAUAA